CUCCCCCCUCGACCCUGCCUCUCGGAGCCCUGGCCAGGCUCCCGCUUCCUCCGCGCCCCGCAGUGGGGCUGGGCGGCGCGGGGGGCGGGGUUUUCUGGCACUUUCUGGGCGCCGCGAACGCUGCGAUUCCAGGCUCGGAGGCCGGAAACGUCGCUACGGAGCCGCACGGCAGCCCGCGCCGCGGCCCUUCCUUGCGGUCCGCCGAGGCCGAGCCGCCAGCUCAGACAUGGCCAAGUGGGGCCAGGGGGACCUGCGCUGGAUCGUGGAGGCCCGGGAGGACGGGACCAACGUGAACAACUGGCACUGGACAGAGCGGGAUGCCACCCGCUGGUCUAAAGGGAAGCUCCGUGACCUCCUGGUGGGCAUUGUCGUGGAGAACGAGGCUGGCUGCGUUGAGAUGAGUGAACUGAAGCAGGUGGAAGGUCAGGCUUCUUGCAGCAGCCGCAAAGGAAAGCUGAUUUUCUUCUAUGAGUGGAACAUCAGGCUGAGCUGGAAAGGUAACGUAAAAGAAUCUGGUGCAAAGCACAAGGGAGUGAUUGAAAUACUCACCCUUUCUGAAGAAAAUGAAGUAGAUGACACUGAGGUCAAUGUGAGUAAAAAGAAAGAUGUGGAUAUACUGAAGGAUCUUAUGAAAACUGCAGGCACCGCCAGGGUCAGGGAGGCCCUUGGAGAUUACCUGAAGGCACUUAAGAUGGAAUUUACAAUGGAAAUGAUUUUACCAGCGAAAGCCAUGGCAACCCAGGAACCGACAGUUGAAAGGAAACUGAGUGAGAACACCUUGCAGGUAUGUCCUCUGGGGCUUGGGAGAAAGAUCCCCACUGUGGCGCUGCACAUGACGGAACUCUUCGACGCCACUACAGAGCAACUGUACAGCGUCUUCACCAUGAAAGAUUUGGUGCAAAAAUUUUCUAAAUCUCCUGCUGUAUUAGAAGCUGAAAAGGAAGGGGAAUUCCUAAUGUUUGAUGGGAACAUCACUGGUGAAUAUUACAGAAUUGUUGACAAAAAGAUUAUCAUGAAAUGGAGAUGUAGGAACUGUCCAGAAGAACGCUAUGCAACAGUUGCACUGAGUUUUGUGCCUACUCCAGGGCAAACUGAAUUGCAGUUAGACUGUACAGGAGUUCCUGUCUGUAAAGAAGAGAGCAUGAAAUUCUGUUGGCAGAAGCAGCAUUUUGAAGAAAUAAAAGGUUUACUGCAGCUGACCCAACCCUAAAUGGUUGAAUUAGAAGAUUUUUAUAGGGUA